AAAGUUUGGUUAUGUUUAAAAAAAAAGAGAAGCAUCCGGAAAUUCCGUGUCUGAGCAUUUUCCGUGUUCAGGAAGUCUUGUUUUGUGUAUCCCUGUCUUCAAGGACAUCCUUGUUCAAUGGAGUGGACAAUAAUUUGUCGAAUAUGCCUUCAUGAUGGUGUAAUGACGUCAAUCUAUGAUAAUUUCCCGGACAAUGAAAUGCAAAUUGCAGAAGUAAUCAUGAAAUGCUGUCCAAUUGAGAUUGUCCAGGAACAGGAUAUGCCAGAACAGAUUUGCCUGAGAUGUUUGGAUGAUUUAAAAAUUGCCUAUCGCUUCCGGACGAAUGGGGAGAGUUCCCAUGCAAUUCUCCUGUCCCUUCUUAACAAAUCCCAAACAUCUGACACGGAUUAUGAGUAUUCCAUCGAGGAGAUUGUCAAGCAUGAGGCGAAUAAUGAAACAGAUGAAUCUGCUGCGUUGAUAGAUGAAUGUGAGGAGGAAGAGGAAGUUGUAGCUGAUAGCAGUAGUACCCAUAAGGAAACGGAACAGGUCACAGAUGAAUUUUUGGAUGAGCAGGAAGAUGCGAGGAUUUUUGAGGCAGCCAAGAAAGCAGCUUGGGGAGAUGAAGCAGAUGCACAGCAGGAAGAAAUUGAGAAUCUAGAACAGGGAAUCCUUGUUGAUUCGUACAAACCUGUACGACAGCCUGUUUCAGUGCGUCAGAGGAUGAUUGAGGCCAAGGGGCCUAUUUUGACAGCCGAUGGGAAGCACAGAAUUGAGAAAGUCUCCAGGAAAAUCACUCCUGAAGGGGCAAAAGCCAUCAUUGCCAUCCGUCCAGCGGUGAAGAGUAAACCACUGAAGAAGUGCGAGAUUUGUGGCAACACCUACAAGUACCAACAUGCCCUCGAUGGCCAUUUGAGGCGACAUCGUAAUGAAAAGCCCUAUGCGUGUGAUAUCUGUGGACGAGCUUUUGUGGUUCCCUUCGAAUUGAGACGACACGUGCGGACCCACACCGGUGCGAAGCCCUACCCUUGCAAGUUCUGCGAUCGCCGCUUCAGUGACUUUGGUUCACGCAUCAAGCACGAACGCACGCACACAGGAGAGCGUCCCUACGUGUGUACCUACUGCGGGAAAGCCUUUGCCUACUCGCACGUCCUCAGCAGCCACAUUAUGAUUCACACGGGUGAGAAGCGCUACCAAUGUGAGGUGUGCGAGAAGAAAUUCACAAAGAGUCACCACUUAAAGGCGCACAUGAACAUCCAUUUGCGCGCCAAAGGUGAACCCGUGCAGAAGCCAAAGCCUCGGAAAGCACCGCCUGCAGCCACACAGGCUAAACCCAAGUUCGAAGAGGCCACUCCAGCUGAGGUUGACAGUCAAUUCUUCCGGAAUGUGGUGUACAUGAAGGAGAGCACGGAAGCUGUUGUUCAGGAGCACACGACCGAAGAAUCCGAAGAGGCACAGCAAAUUCUUAUAAUUCAGGAGAAUUGAGAAUAAAUAAAUUCCUAGGAAA